GAGAGACAGUCGGAGAGAAAGCAAAGAGGGGAGGAAAGUAAAAGGAGAAAGCAAAGGUAGUGGUUCCAUGCCACGAACGGGGAUGCGAGCUGGCAUCCUCGAAAUUCGUGUCGUGACGAGAAAUUUCGUUCUCUCUCCUCGAUGAACCACGAGAGAAAGAGAGAGAAAGAGAGAGAAAGAGAGAGGGAGAGAGAAAGGAAGAAAAGACAGACAGAGAGAGAACAAUUUUUUCUAAAUAAAAUCAGGCGAUAACUAACUCGUGUUCGUUCGUGAAAAAAAAAAAAAAAAAAAAGAGAGAAAGUUAAAGGAUUCUUUCGUUUUUACGAGAAAAAAAGACGCGAAAGUUCGACCGAUCGAAAAUCUCGAGGAAUUCUCGUCGCUGAUGCUGCGACGGUCCAGAAGGAAGAAACGUCGUUGAGGAUGCUUCCUAUCGGAUUACGGAAUCGCGUGUGUACUCGAAGGACCGUGAUCUUGAAGGUGUGCGACAUAACGAUGUUCGCGUUGUGACGAGCCGCUUACGGGAAGUAUCCUUUUUCACGUGGAAAUUCGAUCUUGUCGGUGUAUACCCUGACCGUAACUGUUACUAUUACUUCCACUACUCCUACUACUAUUAUUAUUACUACUACUAUUACUACUACUGUUGCUGCUGCUGCUGCUGCUGGUGGUGGUGCUGGUGUUGGUGCUUUAUCUUUUCGUUCUUGACACUCGUGAAUUAAAAGCCUGCAGCGGUACCGAGAGUGAAUAUGUCGUGGCACAAAGAUCUCGCCAGGAGAUGACAUUCUUUCCUGUGCUCUAACAUUUCUAGUCGGGUCGUCGACCAUCGGCAGAAUGCUACCGCGUGGACUGCCAUUAAUAUUUCUUCUUGUGCAGUUAUCUCAUCAUAUCGUUUGGGCUGCGUUGGAGAACACAAGAAUGUUCGACAAACUGGAAAAUGUCACGCAGACCAUAUCGAGAAUACUCGACGGCUAUGACAUUCGAUUGAGGCCGAAUUUUGGCGGAGAGCCACUAUUAGUCGGUAUGGAUUUAACUAUAGCGAGUUUCGAUGCCAUUUCGGAAGUCAACAUGGAUUACACUAUAACGAUGUAUUUAAAUCAAUAUUGGAAAGACGAGAGACUCGCCUUUUCGCAAGAGGAGGAAAUCUUGACACUGAGCGGUGAUUUUGCAGAAAAGAUUUGGGUUCCGGAUACUUUCUUUGCCAACGAUAAGAACAGCUUUUUGCACGACGUAACUGAACGCAACAAACUCGUCAGACUCUCCGGCGACGGUUCUAUCACUUAUGGCAUGAGAUUUACAACGACAUUGGCCUGCAUGAUGGAUCUGCACUACUAUCCUCUCGAUUCGCAGAACUGCACCGUAGAGAUCGAGAGCUACGGUUACACGGUACUGGACGUAGUAAUGUAUUGGAAAGAUACUCCUGUUCGAGGAGUGGAGGAAGCGGAAUUGCCGCAAUUUACGAUAAUCGGUUACGAAACGAACGACCGGAAAGAGAGAUUGGCUACCGGUAUUUAUCAAAGGUUAUCGCUCAGCUUCAAACUCCAACGGAAUAUCGGUUACUUCGUAUUCCAGACCUAUCUUCCGAGUAUACUCAUCGUAAUGCUCAGUUGGGUCAGCUUCUGGAUCAAUCACGAAGCGACCAGCGCGAGAGUGGCCUUGGGUAUCACGACUGUUCUCACAAUGACCACAAUUUCAACCGGUGUGAGAAGCUCCUUGCCACGAAUUAGUUACGUCAAAGCUAUCGACAUAUAUCUGGUAAUGUGUUUCGUUUUCGUUUUUGCUGCGUUACUAGAAUAUGCGGCAGUCAAUUACACAUAUUGGGGUGCAAGAGCUAAAAAAAAAAGCAAAAAGAAGGAUAACGAAGAACAGAAAGUUCUUACUUCGAAAACUGGAAGCAAAGCUACCUCACCUUUCCCCGGUUCAACCGAUGCUGAUAUUAUCGAGCUGCAGGAUCUGAGAAUGUCGCCAUUGCCAAGCAUUAGAAAUAGAUCAGGUUUGAUCAGUGGUUCUUCGACACCUGGCCUUGGGAAACAUCAUGAUCCAGUCAAAUUUCCACCUAGUUUUCGUAUCUCAAGAACAGUUGCCUAUAACACACAUGGUAGAAACAGUGGUCUCAGAUACAGAGGCCCGAAACAAAAUAAACCUAAGGUACUACACGCUAUUCGUAGAGGUGCAUCGGUAUUACGCGUGUCCAUGCCAAAAAUCAAAGACGUUAACGUGAUCGACAAAUACUCGAGAAUCAUAUUUCCUGUCAGUUUCAUGCUGUUCAACGCGAUAUACUGGAUCUUUUAUUUUGUAUGAACGAUAUAAAGAAACGCAGGUACAAAAAACAAAUUGAAUCAUCACUAUUUCGUGUGUACAUACAUACAGAGAGAAAGAGGGAGAAGGAGAGAGAUAUGUUUUAUGCGUUUAUAUGGGACAUCGUGAGAGAGACAGAAAUGAGAACUGUCUCGGAUUUAUGAGAGAAGCAAUAUGUUGGGAUCGAUCGAUCCGUUCUUCGUACUGAAACUAAUAACUACUAUGACGGAAACAAAAAAAAGGAAGAGAAAAGGAAAGAAAAAUAAAAAGAUUGAAAAAAAUAUUUUACGAACGUUCGAGUGUCCUCAAUCGAAAGCUGCCAUAAUUACUUAUCGAUUUACGUAAGUGGUGUUAAGGACUUUGAUCGCAAAUGAAUAUUAUUAUAACUGAAUUCUUAAAUAUGAAAUCAAAUGAUCCUUCGAGAGAGAUAUUACGAAUGAAUGAGGAUACGAUAUUUAAACUGAUUAUUAUUAUAAUUAUAAUAAUAAUGAUUAUAAUAAUAAUUAUCAUUAUUAUUAUUAUUAUUAUUAUUAUUAUUAUUAUUAUUAUUAUUGCGAUAAAAAUGAAUUCUUAACUUUAAUCGAAGAAAAUUAUAACAUAGACGAGAAGAAUAUUCCACUUAAGAUCAAAAGAAAAAGAAAAAAAAAUUGCUUCAAGCGUUAAUCUACGCAUACGCAGAAGUUAUACAAUUCUUUACUGCCAAAUGAAAAUAUCCUCGAGAACGUUCUUACAUAGCAAUAAGAGAGAGAGAGAGAAAGAGAGAGAGAGAGAGAGAGAGAGAGAGAGAUGUAAUUAUCUUCUAAUAUAAAAAAACAAAUAAUCUCUUCAUUAUCGUUUAAAGACGAUCUUCGAUUGCAUAUAUACAUAUGUAAGUAUAUAUAUCUCUGAAACAUAAAAAAUUGUAUACGAUUAUAUUGUACACUUGCAAUCGAGAAAAAACUUUCAUUAUUUUUUAUUCGGUGGAGACUAACAUCAAUCAUAGCAUCUAGAGAUCUUUUGCAUUUCAUCUUAAUUUUACAAUCACUUAAUCUCUAUGUGUAAGAUAUAAAGAUAAAGAAAGCCAAAAAAACAUAAUACAUAUACGUACACACACACACAAAUUAUUCAUGGAAAGUGAGUAGAAAGUAUUUCACAUAGAUUUUCAGUAAGAAUGUAAAGACGUAAUGUAUGUUAAAUAUACAAGCCGAUCGUAUGAAUGAAAGAAAAAAAAUAAGAAAAGAAAAUAUUAUUUUCAGUAAUUAUACGAACGCGCUAAUUGCAUUUACCUGUUCGAACUUUUAUUACUAAUUUUAAGCAAGAUAUAUCAAAACCGAGAAUACAAAAAUGUAAAGAAUUUUCCAUUAUAUGAUUUAUAUUAUCGAUAACGUCGUCAUCAUAAUUAUCACGCGUUGUUAAAUUGUAUAAUCUAAAUUGUAUCCUCGCACAUAAUUUACAAGUAGAACGGUGAUUAUUACUUAAUUAUCAUAUAAUUAUACUUCGACUUAAUCUUUUCUUUACGUUUUUUCUUUUUUUUUUUUGUUCGAAAUAUGUAAUUUUAUUGUAAAGAGAUGUAGAAACAUUACGUAAAUUUAAAUAGCUUCAUGACGUGUAUUUUAUUAAUCUACGUUUCUUGCUUCGCCUUGAUCAAACGAUUCAUCGAUCAAAACGUAAUAGACAUUUAAAUGUAUUUGUACAUUUAAGUGUAUUAAAAUAUACGUUUUAACGUGUGACCAAAAAAAAAAGUAAAGAAACACAUGGUCGAUACAUAAAAUCAAAGGGAUAUCGAUCGAUUAAUAUUUCCUUCUAUCGUAACAAAUUCGGGGGACCUCUGAAUUAUAGAUUGUGAAUAAUGUAGUAUAUAAUAUGAUGUAAGAUAUAUACAUAUAAAGAUGGAUAACAAUUGAAGCGGCACAAAUCUCUUAACCUGCAAAUAAAAAGGAUCUUCUGUACGAAA